GACUCCAUCUUUGUGAAUGGGAAGGAGAUGAAGAGUAAAGUGGACACCAUUGUGAACUUCACGUACCAGCAUUUCACCACUCAGCUCGAAGUGACCGUCUGGGUCCCAAGGCUGCCUUUGCAGAUUGAGAUCUCAGACACAGAGCUGAGCCAGAUCAAGGGAUGGAGAAUCCCCGUUGCUCCCAACAAAAGGCCUACUCGAGACAGUGAUGAUGAUGAGGAUGAUGAAAAGAAAGGAAGAGGCUGCACCCUUCAGUACCAGCAUGCCAUGGUGCGUGUGCUGACGCAGUUUGUGGCCGAGUCAUUGGAUUUAGGAGGCCAGCUGACCUAUAUGUUGGGCUCUGAUUGGCAGUUUGACAUCACCGAUCUAGUGGCAGAUUUCAUGAAGGUGGAAGAACCAAGAAUUGCCACGUUACAAGAUGGCAGGACACUGGUUGGUCGUGAGCAGGGAAUAACAACAGUGCAGGUCCUCUCACCUCUCUCUGAUUCCAUCUUGGCUGAGAAGACAGUCAUAGUACUGGAUGACCGGGUCACCAUCACAGACCUAGGAGUACAGCUCGUGGCAGGCUUAUCUCUUUCCUUGCAGCCCAACAAAGGAAACAAAAGAGCUAUUGUUUCAACAGCAUCUGCUCAUGAUAUUCUUCAUGCCCCACAACAGGAAGCAAUAGUCAGUUCUUGGCUUUUGUUCAGCGAUGGCUCGGUGACUCCUUUAGAUAUUUACGAUCCUAAGGAUUUCGCUGUUGCUGUCACGUCACUGGAUGAGAUGGUGGUGUCUGCCCAGCCAAGCCUUCAGUCCAAGUGGCCCAUUGUGGUUGCUGAGGGGGAAGGGCAAGGGCCUUUGAUCAAGUUAGAAAUGAUGAUCAGCGAACCUUGUCAGAAGACCAAGAGAAAGAGUGUCCUUGCAGUUGGGAAAGGGAGCGUCAGGGUAAAAUUUGGGCAGAAAAUGGAUGACAACCAAGGAAGCACCAAUGAUAUUGAAGGUGUCAAUCGUGAAUAUAGAGAGCACUUCGGUAAUUCCAUAGAGAGGGAAGGAGACCAGGAGAGGGCCAUACAGGAAUGGUCCAAACAUGGCACUUCCAUUGGUCAGGAAGAAAGUGGCAAUAAAUCCACCACUCCACAGUCAUCUCUGGAGGGAAAGGGGAACAAGUUCCUUGAGAAGGGCCAACUCCAGAAUAAUGCAGAUGCCUUCACAAGUUUCCCUACCCAAGUGGAGUUACCAGAGCCAAAUAAUCCGAAUGAUCUUUCACUGACCUCUAGGGGGUUAACAGACUUAGAGAUUGGCAUGUACGCCCUCCUCUGUGUCUUCUGCCUGGCCAUUUUAGUCUUCUUGAUCAACUGUGUGGCAUUUGCUUGGAAGUACAGACACAAAAGAUUUUCAGUGAGUGAGCAAGGAAAUAUCCCCCACUCUCAUGACUGGGUUUGGCUCGGGAACGAAGUGGAGCUCUUGGAAAACCCUGUGGACAUCUCCCUUCCAUCGGAGGAGUGCACCACCAUGCUCGACCGUGGGAUGCAGUUCGAGGAGAGCAAUUUCCUUCUAAAUGGCAGCUCUCAGACGGCAUUGCACAGCCAACUCCUUAGGCCUUCUGAUUAUGUUUAUGAAAAAGAAUUAAAAAGUGAACCUCUAAAUCCUGGCCCAAAAAGGAAACGAGUCAAGUUCACUUCAUAUACCACAAUUCUCCCAGAGGAUGGAGGCCCCUAUACCAACUCUAUCCUCUUUGACAGUGACGAUAACAUCAAGUGGGUUUGCCCAGAUAUGAGUCUUGGGGACUCGCAAGAGUUUAGAGACUAUAUGGAAAGACUGCAAGACCAGAUGUAAACUACUUUAUUAUGUUUGUAUUCACCUUUAUGCCUUCUGUUUUGGAAUGGUGGAGGAGGAAGUCCUGUCAGCAAUAGGGGAGGAUGAAGCUGAGCUCAAGACAUGGAGGUCUGGAUGGACCACUUCACAUGUGGGUAGCAGAGCUAUGAUGGUUUCAUUUGAAGCCAGGGCGUGCCCCUCUCAAAAACCAUGUGGCAGAUACUGGAAGGGUUUGGGGGGAAGGGGUCUAAGACAGCCAUUUUUUGAUACUGCCUGGUACUAGCACAGUGCUAAUACAAAUAAACUCCGACCCCUCGGGAUACAGUGUGAGAUUCAUGGCAUCUCAUGAUGGACAGUCGUUUGGAAUUAGAGAGGACCUGGGGGUUGAUUUUUUUUCUAUUCCUAGUCCUUUGUAAAGCACAGUGGACAUUUCCUUGCCCUUGGCCUGAGAAUAGACAUCUUUGAAAGAUAAUUGAAUGUAGCCAUUUCAUUUUAUUUGUGAUGAGCCGUGCUCAUGGUUUUUUAUAUACAUUUAUACCAACCCCCUAGUUCACGUGGCCUCUGGGUUUCUUUUAGACAAUGGAAGAGAAGAAAUCUCAAACUUUCCUUUUUGGGGAUUCUUUUGAUUUGUAUAAAAAUUUAGUUCCUCAUCUUUGCCAUGAUGUUUAUGAUGUGUCCACUUGGAUGCUGAUUUUCUCCACGUUGGCAUCUUUUAGCUUUUAGGGACAGUCCCUAAGAAUCACAUCUUCAUCUUCUCUUUUUCUUCUUCCUCUCUGGAAUCCCUGGUAGCAGGCUGAGAGGUGGGGAGGAUGUCCUUUGGUACCUUUCUACCUACAGCUUGAAAAGUUUGGAGGGGAGGGGAUAUUAAUGGGGCAUUAGUCAGUUAUUUUUGUCCCAGGCAAUUGGAAAUUAAUGGGAAACUAGGAGGCCCUAUUUCAUAGAGGGAAAAAAAUGUCUCAAUUAAAACAGCUGUAUUUAUAUAAGCACGCUGUGGUCAACACAUUUUAUUAUCCAAAUGGAGAUCUAAAAUUAGAACUGAUAUUUGCAGAAAGAAAAUUGCCUAGGAAAUAGUGGAAGAUUAAACUCUCUGUGUUUCUCCUCCCCACCCCAGACAAUAA